AUGGAUCUGCCCCAGGACCAAAGAGAUACACAAUUGCAAAAAACAUGCUUCUCAUCUACUUUCCUGCUCAUGGGAGUCCCUUGCUGUACAGAACUGCUGCUGCUCAAUUGGGAGGCUAUCCGGGAACAGAGACAUUACCUUUCUGCCUUUUCACCCUUAUGGCUAGCACCUCUGGAGUUUCUGCAGCUGACUGGAGAUCACCUAUCAGAAGAAUUUGGUAAUGUGAAUUCUGUACAUAAAGUGCCAGCUCUGAAAGAUGGAGAUUUCACAAUGGCUGAGAGUACUGCAAUCCUUCUUUAUCUGGCGCGUAAAUUUAAGACCGCCGAUCACUGGUACCCAUCAGAUUUACAGAAACGUGCUCGUGUGGAUGAAUACCUUGCCUGGCAGCACACAAACACGCGCCUUCAUGGGUCCAAUGUCUUUUUGGUAACGAUUGUGACCCCAAUUAUCCUAGGCCAUGAGUGUGACCCAGUAACGCUGUCUCCCCUCCUUACAGAGCUCCAAACAAGUAUGACUUACAUAGAGGAGAAAUUUUUGCAGGAUAAACCAUUCAUUGCUGGGGAAGAGAUUUCUUUUGCAGAUUUGGUGGCAAUUGUGGAGAUCAUGCAGGCAGUGGCAAGUGGAGUAGAUGUGUUUGAGGAAAAACCAAACCUGGGUGCCUGGAAGCAGCGUGUUGUAGAAGCACUGGGAGAGGACCUGUUCAAAGAGGCCCACAAUGAUCUCCUUAACCCCAAGGAUAAAGCACAAAUGUCAAUUGCUCCUGAAAUUAUGGAGAGUCUUAAAGUCAGACUACAUAGGUUGUCUCACUAAUUACAGCUUGUCUGGAUUUUUUCACAUCUUCCUAAUUCAGAGAGUGUUACCUUUUACAGGGAUAUGCAGAGCAUUUUCUAAUUAUUACAUUUUCGUCUAUUUAUAUAAAUAUAUAUAUCACAAAAAAUGUUAAGCCAGGCAGUUCCAAAAGACAGAUUGUCUUCUACUAUAGAUUAAUUGCUGACCAGUAAAUCUCAAGAAUGUUGUGUAAUUUCUCAUUUUCUGUUUUGCCCAUGGUGGCAAUGUUUUUUAAAAAAAAUGUGUACAUUUCACAAAUAAAUUCUGCACAGCAGUGGUAACCUCAA